AUGGGCCCCGACAGGGGUACUAUGGGCCCCGACAGGGGUACUAUGGGCCCUGACAGGGGACAUGGGUGCUAUGGGCCCCGGCAGGGGUACUAUGGGCCCCGACAGGGGUACUAUGGGCCCCGACAGGGGUACUAUGGGCCCCGACAGGGAUACUAUGGGCCCCAACAGGAGACAUGGGUACUAUGGGCCCCAACAGGAGACAUGGGUACUAUGGGCCCCAACAGGACUAUGGGCCCCGACAGGGGACAUGGGUACUAUGGGCCCCAACAGGGGACAGGGGUACUAUGGGCCCCAACAGGGAACAGGGGUACUAUGGGCCCCAACAGGGCCCCGACAGGGGACAUGGGUACUAUGGGCCCCAACAGGGGACAGGGGUACUAUGGGCCCCAACAGGGGACAGGGGUACUAUGGUCCCCAACAGGGAACAGGGGUACUAUGGUCCCCAACAGGGAACAGGGGUACUAUGGGCCCCAACAGGGAACAGUGGUACUAUGGGCCCCAACAGGGCCCCGACAGGGGACAUGGGUACUAUGGGCCCCAACAGGGGACAGGGGUACUAUGGGCCCCAACAGGGAACAGGGGUACUAUGGGCCCCAACAGGGAACAGGGGUACUAUGGUCCCCAACAGGGAACAGGGGUACUAUGGGCCCCAACAGGGAACAGUGGUACUAUGGGCCCCAACAGGGCCCCGACAGGGGACAUGGGUACUAUGGGCCCCAACAGGGGACAGGGGUACUAUGGGCCUCAACUGGGGAACUUUGGGCCCCAACAGGGGACAGGGGUACUAUGGGCCUCAACUGGGGAACUUUGGGCCCCAACAGGGGUACUAUGGGCCCCAACAGGAAACAGGGAUACUAUGGUCCCCAACAGGGAACAGGGGUACUAUGGGCCCCCAACAGGGGACAGGGGAACUUUGGGGCCCCAACAGGGAACAGGGGUACUUUGGGCCCCAACAGGGGUACUAUGGGCCCCAAUAGGGGUACUAUGGGCCCCAACAGGGAACAGGGGUACUAUGGGCCCCAACAGGGCAACUAUGGGCCCCAACAGGGAACAGGGGUACUAUGGGCCCCAACAGGGGACAGGGGUACUAUGGUCCUCAACUGGGGAACUUUGGGCCCCAACAGGGGUACUAUGGGCCCCAACAGGAAACAAGGAUACUAUGGUCCCCAACAGGGAACAGGGGUACUAUGGGCCCCCAACAGGGGACAGGGGAACUUUGGGCCCCAACAGGGAACAGGGGUACUAUGGGCCCCAACAGGGGUACUAUGGGCCCCAACAGGGGUACUAUCGGCUCCAACAGGGGUACUUUGGGCCCCGACAGGGGUACUAUGGGCCCCAACAGGGGACAGGGGUACUUUGGGCACCAACAGGGGUACUUUGGGCCCCAACAGGGAACAGGGGUACUAUGGGCCCCAACAGGGGAACUAUGGGCCCCAACAGGGAACAGGGGUACUAUGGGCCCCAAAAGGGAACAGGGGUACUAUGGGCCUCAACUGGGGAGCUUUGGGCCCCAACAGGGGACAGGGGUACUAUUGGUCUCAACUGGGGAAAUUUGGGACCCAACAGGGGUGCUAUGGGCCCCAACUGGAAACAGGGGUACUAUGGUCCCCAACAGGGAACAGGGGUACUAUGGUCCCCAACAGGGAACAGGGGUACUAUGGGCCCCCAACAGGGGACAGGGGAACUUUGGGCCCCAACAGGGAACAGGGGUACUACGUGCCCCAACAGGGGUACUAUCGGCCCCAACAGGGGUGCUAUGGGCCCCAACAGGGGUACUUUGGGCCCCCACAGGGGUACUAUGGGCCCCAACAGGGGACAGGGGUACUUUGGGCCCCAACAGGGAACAGGGGUACUAUGGGCCCAACAGGGAACCGGGGUACUAUGGGCCCCAACAGGGAACAGGGGUACUAUGGGCCCAAACAGGGAACAGGGGUUCUAUGGGCCUCAACUGGGGAACUUUGGACCCCAACAGGGGACAGGGGAACUUUGGGCCUCAACUGGGGAACUUUGGGCCCCAACAGGGGUACUAUGGGCCCCAACAGGGGUACUAUGGGCCCCAACAGGGGUACUACGGGCCCCGACAGCACUUACUUUAUUAUGGCUGGUGAUCUAUGGGUUGAUGAUUCAACCUAA